AUGGCAAAGCUAGUUCUAGUAAUUCUGCUUUUCUCACUUGGCAUGGCCAUGCCAUUGUUGCACGGCAUCGUUGAAGAUGAUGAUGAAUGGUUCCAAAACCUCCAUUAUGCCAAACACAAGGUCACCCGCCUCCAUUUUUACCUUCAUGACACACUCUCAGGAAAAAACCCAAGUUCAGUACAAGUAGCCCAAGCAUCAAGCACCAAGAAAUCAUCCACCAUCUUUGGAGCAGUUUUUAUUGUUGAUGACCCACUAACAGAAAGCCCUGAGCCCACUUCCAGGCCCGUGGGUAGAGCUCAGGGGCUUGAAGGGUCAGCCGGGCAGCAAGAACUGGGUCUUCUUGUGGCCAUGAACUUUGUUUUCACAACUGGGAAGUUCAACGGCAGCAGCCUCACCAUUUUGGGCAGAAAUACUGCUCUGCAUCCGCCAAGUGAGAUGCCAAUCAUUGGUGGGACUGGUGUUUUUCGAUUGGCACGUGGAUUUGUGAUAGCAAACACACAUUCUCUUAAUGUUACCUCCGGUAACGGUAUUCUCGAGUACAGUGUUGUAGCUAUACACUAUUGA